UUCCCCCCCUCCCUUCUCUUACACCAACCAGCUUCGAUUGCUUCACGGGGCUGCAAUGUGGUUGUUUAUCGACAGUCAAGGUAGCUCCGUGACUGUCCGACCGAGUUCUCCUGCAACAGACUGAACAUCCGCCCACGUACCUUGCUGCUUGCGCCCACCACUCCUAAGUGCCGAGCCGGACUCCGGGUGCCGUCGGAUUCCCUGUGAUCGAAUACAAACAACUUCGCCAUACCCCAGUCAACAGGGUAGUAUAUAUAAUACAAACCAGCGGAUAAGUAUUGGCGACUGCUGUCCCUGCUUGCCAAGUCGUACCGUACCCACACCGAUGCUCGCCGAACUUCCAGCAGCAACCUCACCACCGCCAAUCGACUGAAACGAACAAUACACCAUAUUAUUACCCUCCGCUUCGCUCCCUUUCUUCUGCAACAACCCAUUUCCUACCUACAACAAUCCCAAGCCUUGACAUCCACCGCCAUGGCAUGGUACUCACUUCUUCCGCCCGACUUCCUCUAUAUCGAAAACUGGCUUGUGCAUGCCUUUAUCUUCCUCGGCUUUGUCACUAUACUCCCCUGGGCUACACUGCUGGUCUUCGACAUAUGUCUGUACAUUUGGCGGAUGGUGAAAUACGAAUUCCCCCUCAUCGGCGGACGAGCGAGGGGUAAGCAGCGGCCGCGAGCCCCGAGCUUGAACGAGAGGCCGGAUGGGCAGCCUAGGGUCCUGGGGCUGGGGACG